AAACAAAUAACGCACUCGUGAUUACUUGCUCAGGCUGUGUCAGUGAAGCGCACUGACUUGUGGAAAAGUGAACUGAUCACACUGGAGGAUGUCACACAGCUCUUAUGGCAGAAUGUGGGCUGAUGCCCAGGGGGCCUUGCAGGAUCUCCUGCAAGAUGAAAUGCCCCCGUUGCUGCCUCGUCCUCAGAAGGAUCGCUUUCAGAUCUUUCAGACUCUGGCCACUUUCUACCUGCGCUACCUCCAGAUCUUCCGUGGAUUGGAGGCAGCCUAUGACCAGCUUGUUCAUCCCCAGAAGAGACGUGUGGUGCGCCAUGUCCUGGAAGGAGUCAUGGGGAGAUUGGUGGAGCUGAAGAAUGAGAUGGUGGAGCUAGAGUACUCUGAGUUUCACUACUUUGACGACGUGCUACAGGACCUAAAGAUGACACCUGAGGACUUGGAGAUUCCCAUCCCACGGUAUUUUGUGAGGGAAAGGAUGAAAGCACUGAAAGAAAGAGAGAAAAUGCUGGCUCAUAUUCUGGCUGAAAAGGAAGACAUAGAACAGGAACCUGUACACAGCAUGACUGUGGACAGGGCAGUGCUCUUGCUGCAGGUGAGUGAACGUGCGCGACAGGGACGCCUCAGAGCUCGUUUUAUGAAGGAAAUCCGAGAUGAGGAGAGGAAGAAUCAGCGUAGCGUGAUCGGCAGCACACUGGACCCCCAUCUCUCAGCCACUCUCAUACAAAAGACAUGGCGGGGAUACAGGGAGAGGAAGAGAACCAAGAAAGAACGUCUGGAGGAAAUGAUAUUUUUGGGAAUGAUGGACCCCCAACUCCCAACACCCAGUCGUGCUCAGCAGCGAGCAAAGCAUGUAGAAAGCAACAGGCAUCAGGUGCAGGAACAGCAUGAAGCAGAGUACCAGCAGGCCCUGAUCACCAUCAAGGAGUCUGUUCGCUUAGUAGAUGGACCGGACAUAAAGGAAACACUUCAGGACCAGAUUCGCCAAUGGUUCCUUGAAUGCCGAGAUGCCACCGGAAAGUUUCCUGAUUUCCCAAGCAGUGAGGAUGGAGGAUCAGCUUCCAUAUUUGCACAGAAGACACCGGAGGAGGUUGCAGCUGAGCUUGCUGCUAAACAACAAGAGAAUGAGGAGAAGAAGAAGUCCAAGGGGAAGAAAGACAAAAAUGCUGUAAAGGACAAGAGGAAAGACAAGAAGGGGAAGACUAAAGGCAAAGGCGGGAAAGCUGAUACUGCGGAGGAGGAGGAGGGAUGGAAGAUGAGCCCCAGUAACUUUCUGCCAACGGUUGUUGAAGGAACUAAGAUAUACAGAGAGGUUUGGCGGGCACGAGACGAAGGCCAGAACUUCCACCAGCAUUUUGAUCCUGAGCUGGUGCGAGAGGAGAAAAGAAUGGAGGUGGAAUCGGAGGUCAGAGUUCAGGUAGAUGAGCUGAUGAGGCAGGAACUGAAGAAUCUCAAAUUGGUUGUGGACCGGGACAAGGGCAAAAAGAAGAAAAAAGGGAAAAAGUCCAAUAAAAAGAAGAAAAAGAAAGGCAAAAAGGGUGGGAAGAAGAAAAAGAAGAAAGAGAAGGAUCUGACAGCAGACAGGAAUAUUGAAUCGAUAUUCGAGGAGCUCGUUCUGGAAGGCAUCCUGAUUCAGCCGAUGACCGUAAAAUUAUCUGAUUACCUCGGGGAAUACAGUUACCUGGGUACGAGCCUGAGGCAGGCAGACAUUGAGCCAAUGCCAUCCCUUUCAGACGUCAGACAGCUCAUUGCUCUGUAUGGUGUGCUGCCUCUAGGCUCUCAGUGUGUACAUGAGAGAGGACCUUUAAUCCGCUCAGUUCUUCUGGCCGGGCCAUCAGGUGUGGGGAAAAGGAUGCUGCUGCAUGCCCUGUGCACUGAGACUGGGGCAAAUCUAUUCAACCUGUCCCCUGCCAACCUGGCAGGCAAAUACCCGGGCAGGAGUGGCCUCCAGUAUCUCCUGCAUAUGGUCUUAAAGGUGGCUCGCCAGCUGCAGCCCUCUGUCAUUUGGAUCGGAGACGCUGAGAAAACAUUCUACAAAAAAGUUCCAAAACCAGAGAAAGAGAUGGAACCUAAAAGGCUGAAGAAAGACCUGCCAAAAAUAGUAAAGUCCAUUAAAGCAGAGGAUCGUGUGCUGCUGGUUGGGACAUCCCGCAGACCUUUCGACGCAGACCUCAAAGCCCUGUGUAAAGUUUACAAGAAGAUCAUUCUGAUUCCCAGACCAGACUAUGCAUCGAGACUGAAUUUAUGGAAACAGCUCCUCAGGGUGCGAGGUGUUCAGCUCAGCCCCACUCUGGACCUCAGCUCUUUGGCUAAAGUCACAGAUGGCUACACUCAGGGUCACAUCCUGCAGGCUGUGCGAAGUGUCCUGACCUCUCAACGCCUCAGUCGGCAAAACAAGAAACCCCUGACUGCGCUGGAGUUUAUCCCUCCACUAGCCAGACAAGACCCCAUCUACAAAGAGGAGGAGGAGGCCUUUAAGAGUUGGUACAGCAGGACUCCGAUGGGCAAAAGACGAGCACGGGCAGGAAAGGCAUUUCAAGACGCUGCAGAACUGAAAAAGGGAAAGAAGAAACAUGGAAAGGGCACAAAAGCAGCGGCAGAUGCAAAGAAGAAAAAGAAAAAGAAGUAAAUGUUUUGCUGUUUCCCCCGAGUGCUGUGGUGGUGUUCCUGUUCAGCACAUCAGAAAUGUUCCGUUUUAUUAUUUACUACAGCAUUUUUUUUUAUUUUAUUUAUUUAUAUUGAUAUACAGCCAUAACAAUGUCUUCACAAUGGCACCCAUCAAGGGGUGGGAUAUAUAAUUCAGCAAGUAAACAGUUACUUGUUGAGCUUUACGGGUAAAAAUAGGCAAGUUUAAAGAUUCAAGUGACUUUGACAAGGGCCGAAUUGUGAUCGAUAGAAGACUGGGUCGUAGCAUCCAAGGGCCAAGAAAAAACAACCAGUGAACUAGAUGGUUCCCAAGACUCACAGAUGGAAAUCAAAGGCUAGCCUGUCUGGUCCAGUCCCAUAGAAGAGCUACUGGAACACAAGUUCCUGAAAAGGUUAACACACAGAACACACAGCGCAGCGCAGCUGCAUAGUCACAGGCCAGUCAGAUUGCCUUCACAGGGUGCGUGGGUAUCAGAGUGGACCAUGGAGCAAUGAAAAUGUGUGGAGCAAUAGAAGUGUGUAUAGCUGCAUGUUGCCAGAUGGCACAAUGAGAAGAGCAGCAGAGGUACAGUAGUGUGAUGCUCUGGGCAGUGUGUUACUGGGAAUCCUUGGGUCCUGGCAUUCAUACUGUGACACAUGACACCUAUUUAAACAUUGUUAUCUGAGCUGUUUCAUGACAGAAGUGUAUUGUAUUUCUAGCUUUAAUAUAAAUCCCAAACACUUGAACAAAAACUUUGAAAUGCAGUUCUUUGUUUGGCCACUGGAGGGCAGCAGUAGGCCUUACAGUAGGUCAUUUUUGUGCUGUGAUUUUCCUUCACACAGAUAUUGUUAUUCAUUUACAUGUACUUGUAGUUUAAUUUGAAAUAAAAAACUAUUUUAAUUUAA